AAUUGGAAAUAGAGAGGUUGAUUGAUCUAGAACUUGAUUGUUUAAGAUUCUAAGAUUGGGGUUCUGAGGGUUUAUAGGUGGUUGUGUGUGAGUGGCCUUUUUGUUUUCGAAGGGACUCUAGACGGUAUCUUCUAUUGUUAGAGAGAGAGAGAGAGAGAGGGAGAGGGAAGAUAUGGCUGAGGAGCAGCGACAGGAUUCUGGAAUUUCUGGUACUAUAGCCAUGGCGAAAACGAAAACGGAAGAUGAUGAUGAUGUUGGAAUCUCGCAAGUUGAGGAAGCGACGCGCGACGAACCAGUGCCAGUCGUCAAGAUUGAUUCGUAUAGAGACAGUCAUCAUAUUAAUCUAACAUGGAGAUCUUGGAUGGUAGUUUUCGUUACAUGCUUUGCGAUUAUGACACAGACGUUUGUGGUGGUGGCUGCGGGUUCAGUGAUUGGAUUCAUCGUUCGCGAUUUGGGGGAUGCUGCUAUCUCGGGGUGGAUUAUUCAGGGACCGCUCCUCAUGCAAAGUGUUCUCUCUCCUAUCAUAGGCCGACUCUCAGAUGUGCUGGACCGAAAAUAUAUGGCUAUGAUCCCGCCUCUGAUUUCCUUCGCUGGCGCUGUGGUCUCUGCGAGAGCGACGUCCAUGACGAUGUUGAUUGGUGGAGGGGUCUUGAUCGGGACGACGCUUUCUACGAUCUCGAUCGUGCAGACUAUUCCGUCUGAGGUGCUGCCUUUGAAAUAUAGAGUACUGGCUAAUGGAUUUGCAUUCCUUGGAGGAUCGGUGGGCGGGUUGGUAGGGAGUCUUGGUGCAGGAGCAGCCACGAAUGCAGGUGCGGGAGGAUGGCGCAACAUCUUCUGGAUCCAGGCUGGCUUCUUCGCAGCCAGUGCCAUUGGCCUUCUCCUCUUCUACCACCCAAAACGGGGGUCUGAUUUUCCUAGGAUGUCGUUCAAGGAGGUCGUGUGGGCUUGUGAUCCUGUCGGCUCUUUCUUGUUUAUCGUCAGUGCGACUUUGAUGCUGUUGGCUUUGGAUUGGGCUGGUGGUGUCUAUCCGUGGCAUGAUGCGCAUGUGGUGGCUCCACUGACUAUUGGUCUUGCAUCUCUUGUUUUGUUUGCUCUUUAUGAAUGGAGAGGGAGAGACGACGGAUUAGUUGCACAUGUCUUCUUCCGAGAUGGACCAAAUUUUGCACUUUCAGUCUUUGCUUUCGCUGUUGAAGGAUGGAUCUUUUAUAGCGCCGUUAACAGCGUGACACCUCUCAUCGUCCUCAAUCUCGGCUUCUCGUCUUCAUCUUGGAAAAUUGCCAUCCGUCAGCUGUCGUAUAAUUUGACUAAUCUCCUGGCCUCGAUACCCAUCACAUUAUACUCGACCUGGAAGAAGGACUUGAAAUCCCCACUUCUAGUCACCUUCCUACUUUUCCUCGUCACAACAAUCCUCUACGCCAACAUCAAACCCAGCUGGAACCACGCCCAAAUCGGCAUUAACGUUCUCUGCGGCAUCGGCCAGAGCGGCCCCCUUACCCUCCUGGUAGCAUUGAUCCAGUUUACCGCUCCGCACGCCUACCUCUCCACCGCAACCGGUCUCGGCUUCUCCGCCCGCGCUCUCGGCGGCGCCUUCGGCUCCGCCGUCCUCGCCACCAUCUACAACAGCAAGCUAGCCUCCACGUACGCUCCGCACAUGAGCGCUACCGCGCUCACUGCUGGGCUCCCUAGCUCCUCGAUCCCUGCGCUCCUAGCCGCGUUCUCGAGCGGGACGGGAUUCAGUGAAGUCCCGGGCAUGAACGAGAGGAUUCUGAGCGCGGCGCUGAGGGAGAGCCAUCUGUUGUAUGCGAGAGCGUAUCGGUUAGCGUGGGCGAGUAUUAUUCCGUUUGUGGUGCUGGCGCUGUUGGCGAUUGUGUUUUUGAAGGGGGUUAGGGAGUUGAUGACGGAGAAGAUCGAGGCGACGGUUGAGAGGGAUGAGGUGAGUGAAAAGGGUGUUGCGUAGAUAAAGCUUUGGGAGAGGGGUGUGUGAUAUGAGAUG